GUCGAUCCCCGAGCUCCACGCGUCGCUUGCGAGGGGCGGGGCCUCCUCCCUGGCGGGACCGACGGCUCGGCGCUCGCCUCGGGAGACGGCCGAGCCUGGGCGAAGGUCCGGCGAGGAGGAGGCGCCGCGAAGACGAUGGCGGCCAACCAACCGCCGCCCCCGAAGCCCUGGGAGAACCGGAGGCUGUGAGUGCGGCUGGGGGGGGGAAGGGGGGGGAGAACCCCGAGGCGGAGCCGCCGCCAUUCCCUCCUCAUCGGUUUAUGGCUGUUAAUAGGUUCCGGGGCUCACUUGCCGCCCCAAGGAGUGGGGGGGCACUCUGUACAUGCUCAGGGGCCACGCUCCUCCAAGGUCGUGGAGUGGCCAAGGGUGGGGGAGGAGGGAACACAAGCAGGUUCCGGGGCUCACUUGCCGCCCCGAGGAGUGGGAGGGGCUGGCAGUCUGUACAUGCUCAGGGGCCACACGCCUCCAAGGUCCUGGAGUGGCCAAGGGUGGGGGAGGAGGGAAUACAAAACAAACAGGUUCCGGGGCUCACUUGCCGCCCUGAGGAGUGGGGGGGGGGGAGGCACUCUGUACAUGCUCAGGGGCCACACUCCUCCAAGGCUGUGGAGUGGCUGGGGGGGGGAGGAGGGAACACAAAACAAACAGGUUCGGGGCUCCAGGGAAUCAUUCCCCCCCCCUCUUCUUCCCUGAGCCCCCUGCUGGAUUUCAUCCUUCCAGGACCUUUCAGUGUUGGGUGGAGGUGAGGGGUUUCUUUUUCGCCCCACCAACAUGGGAUUCCUACAUUGCAGGGGGUUGGACCAUAGCUGUCAACCUUCCCUUUUUUUGCGGGAAAUUCCCUUAUUUCAGCGCCGUUUCCCCGCUGCUAUUCCGGAUUGUUAGAUAUCCCGUAGACAGGUGAGGCUGCUGAUCCCUUAUUUUCAAAUCCAAAAGUUGACAGCUAUGCUGCUGAUCCCUUAUUUUUGAGGCCGCUGAUCCCUUAUUUUCAAAUCUGAAAGUUGACAGCUAUAGGUUGGACUAGAUGACCGCCAGGGUCCCUUCCAACUCUGUUGUUGUUGUUUAGUCGUGUCCGACUCUUCGUGACCCCAUGGACCAGAGCACACCAGGCACUUCUGUCUUCCACUGCCUCCCGCAGUUUGGUCAAACUCAUGCUGGUAGCUUCGAGAACACUGUCCAACCAUCUCAUCCUCUGUCGUCCCCUUCUCCUUGUGCCCUCCAUCUUUCCCAACAUCAGGGAGUAUUGGAGCCUCAGCUUCAGGAUCUGUCCUUCCAGUGAGCACUCAGGGCUGAUUUCCUUCAGAAUUGAUAGGUUUGAUCAUGGGUAGGCAAACUAAGGCCCAGGGGCCGGAUCUGGCCCAAUCGCCUUCUAAAUCCGACCCACGGAUAGUCCCGGAAUCAGUGUGUUUUUACAUGAGUAGAAUGUGUCCUUUUACAGUGGUACCUCUGGAUGCGAACGGGAUCUAUUCCGGAGCCCAGUUCGCAUCCAGAAGCGAAUGCAACUCACGUCUGCGUGCGUGGGUCGCGAUUCACUGCUUCUGCACAUGCGCAUGACGUCAUUUUGAGUGUCUGCGCAUGCGCGAGCAGCGAAACCCAGAAGUAACGCGUUCCGUUACUUCCGGGUCGCCACGGACCGUAACCUGAAAACGCUCAACCUGAAGCAUAUUCACCCCGAGGUAUGACUGUAUUUAAAAUGCAUCUGGGUUAUUUGUGGGGCAUAAGAAUUUGUUCAUUCCCCCCCUUCAAAAUACAGUCCGCCCCCCCCCGCAAGGUCUGAGGGACAGUGGACCAGCCCCCUGCUGAAAAAGUUGGCUGACCCCUGGGUUUGAUCUUCUUGCAACCAUGGGACUCUCAAGAGUCUCCUCCAGCACCAUAAUUCAAAAGCAUCAGUUCUUUGGCGAUCCUUCCAACCCUACGAUUCUAUUAUUUCUCUUCCUCCCCACUUCCAUGGGGAAAUAUCACCCCCUCCCCCCAUCUGAUAUGCCACUUUUCAUUCAAAUGAAUCGCAGAGCGGCUUACAAACAAUAAAGAAUAACAACACAAUAGAACAUCACAAACGCAGCAUAAAUAGUGUAGAACAAUUAACAUCAUCAGUGAGACAAUUGCAGCCUAUAAAACACUGCUAACGACAUCUUAAAAACAGGCUGAACGUCACAAUUGAAGCAAAAGUCGUGUUAUAAGAUUAAUGAAUCAAUGCAGCAUAUAUGAUCUGUAAAACAAUUUUAACAGCAACAAAAUACCAGCCCCAAAAUAAGCUAAGCACUGUUCUGUCCAUAAGGGAUGUCUUCAGCAAACUGGCCCCCUUUUCUUUUUUCUCACACACUUGGGGGGCAGGGAAGAGCAACAAGCCUCUUUCUUCUCCUCCUCCCCUUAAUGGGGAGACAUCCUCUCCCCACCCCCAUAAAGGGGUGUAUUCAGCCUUUCCCUUCUUGCUCCCACGCAACGCCCCACUUACUAAGGGGACGGGAGGUGGCAGGAGAGUUCUCUGUCUUCAAGGGGGAGGCAGAUUCCCCCACCUCGCACUUAUUUCAUAAAUAAUUGCUUUAUAAACUGCUAAGGAGGACUGUUUCCUCUCUCGUCUUCUUCCCCAGCCAGGCUCAUCAAAGGGCCAGUGUCCUGCAUAGGCACCCACAAUAAUACAGACACACAAAAAUAGGGAAGACAUUGUCCUUCACCUGUCUGGUGCUGUCAGUGACAUUAAUGACAUGAAGGGGCUUGGGGAAAGGUCGCGCGCUUGUUUUUCAUUGCUGUUAUUUUUGAAAGGUUUCACUUUAUGCUGCUUUGGGGUGCCACCCAAUGUUUUAGGAGCUAGGUGAAUAAUGGUUGUUGUUACUAUGAUGAUGUUUGGAUUCAGUUUCUGCUAUCCUCACCUUGGACUCUGAAUCGUGCAUGCAUUUUACAAGAGAGAGAUAAGUGUGAGAGUGUGUGUUUGGACAAAUGUUGGGAUAUGCGGGUUAAAGCUCCAUACAGAUUAACCCUUUGGGAAUUUGAAUUCUUCAAAUCCUUUUCGGAAAUCUUAGGACUCAGUGCUAGGAUAUAUACUAUAAGCUGGAAUUGAAGAGUAAAAGGAUAGUGUGUUUUGCAAUGUGGUAUUGUCCCACAUCAUACCCCUUUUAUUAUUUUGAUUUUUCUUUCUUCAUAGAAUCAUAGAAUCUUUCAGUUGGAAGGCACGCAAGGGUCAUCUAGACCAACCCCCUGCAAUGCAGGAAUCUCUGCUAAAGCAUCCAUGACAGAUGGCCAUCCAACCUCUGCUUAAAAACCUCCAAGGAAGGAGUCCAUCACCUCUCGUAGGAGUCUGUUCCCCUGCCAAACAGCUCUUACUGUCAGAAAGCUUUUCCGAAUGUUUAGUCAGAAUCUCCUUUCUUGCAACUUGAAGCCAUUGAUUCGAGUCCUACCCUCCAGAGCAGGAGAAAACAAGCAUGCUCCCUCCUCCAUGUGACAGCCCCUGUGAUAUUUGAAGAUGGCUAUCCUAUCUCCUCUCAGUCUCCUCUUUUCCAGGCAAAACGUACCCAGCUCCUUCAAGCGCCCCUCAUAAGGCUUAGUUUCCAGGCCCUUGAUCAUCUUGGUUGCCCUCCUCUGCACACCUUCUAGCUUGUCAGCAGCCUUCUUAAAUUGUGCUGUCCAGAACUGGACACCGUAUUCCAAGUGCGGUCUGACUAAGGCAGAAUAGAAUGGUACUAUUACUUCCCUUGAUCUGGACACCAUACUUUUGUUGAUGCAGCCUAAAAUAGCAUUAGUUUGUUUUGUUUUUUUGCUUCAUCACACUGUUGACUCAUGUUAACCUUGAGGUCCACUAAGACCCCUAAAUCCUUUUCACAUGUACACACCACAAGACCUUGGUGUUACUGGUAGCCUUGAAUUUUGCUCCACCAUCUGCACGCCGGCGCUCAGGAUGGUCUACCUCCUUGUGGAAAUUUUCUCGGUGAAUCAGCAGCAAGUUGUUGCUUGUGUUCUGCUGCAAUUUAGUGUGGGUCUGACAUUCUUCCCCACCUCCCUCCCCUUUCCCAACAAAAUGGGUGUGUUGGCACAGGAGUUCCAAAGUGGUUAGCAUUACUCCCUACUCCCGGCAGAUUAGGGUUGCAUAACAUGCCCACAUAUGUUGUGGUCCUGCCUACAUGUAGGAGGAAGCUAAACGCAGUAGGACUUGAUUUCUGGGUAAGUGCAUACAUUUGAUCCGGAAAGAUAUUUUCUAGCGGCAUUACGAGAUCUCAGGAGCCAUGUAAAAGUAAACACAAGUCACAUUGGGACUUCCUGUAAGCUUUUACUGCUUGAUAUGCUUCCUGUAAGCUUUUGCCGCUUGAUAUGCAGAAGCAGCUUCCGUAUGAUCAUUUUGUAAAAUAGGAAGUGGGUGCUGAUUGGCUAGUGCAUUGGCUGUCAAAAUAGCUACUGAAGGAAAGUCCAUGGAGUUCCAGACACCUAAAAUUAAGCAAGAAUGCUGUUGGGACUGUAAAGUUAAUAACUAUCCUGUGAUGUAGUUAAUGAUUCCAGAUUUGCAAAUAGCUGUCUUCCUGCUGUGUCCGCUAGCAAGGAAACCUAAAGCUUUUAGGCUGUGUAUCACUGACAUAGUACGUCUGGGCAGUCUGGCUAGUUGUGAGAAAUGUCGUGGACCUAUUUACAGGGUGGUAAAGGUAAAGGUAAAGGUAGGGGACGCGGCUGGCGCUGUGGGUUAAACCACAGAGCCUAGGACUUGCCGAUCAGAAGGUUGGCGGUUCGAAUCCCCGCAACGGGGUGAGCUCCCGUUGCUCGGUCCCUGCUCCUGCCCACCUAGCAGUUCGAAAGCACGUCAAAGGUCAAGUAGAUAAAUAGGUACCGCUCCAGCGGGAAGGUAAAUGGCAUUUCCGUGCGCUGCUCUGGUUCGCCAGCAUGUGGUCAUGCUGGCCACAUGGCCCAGAAGCUGUACGCCGGCUCCCUCGGCCAAUAAAGUGAGAUGAGCGCCGCAACCCCAGAGUCGGUCACAACUGGACCUAAUGGUCAGGGGUCCCUUUACCUUUACUAUCACUGACACAGUAUGUCUGGGCAGGCUGGCUACUUGUGAGCAAGGAAAUGUCAUGGACCUAUUUACAGGGUGGUAAAGGUAAAGAUAUCCCUCACUGUUAGGUCCAGUCGCGGACGACUCUGGGGUUGCUCGCUCAUCUCGCUCUAUAGGCCGAGGGAGCCAGCGUUUGUCCAAAGACAGCUUCCGGUUCAUGUCACCAGCAUGACUAAGCUGCUUCUGGCGAACCAGAGCAGCACACAGAAACGCCGUUUACCUUCCCGCCAGAGUGGUACCUAUUUAUCUACUUGCACUUCCCAUUUUAUACAGUGAGCAAUUUGGAUUAAGAGCAAUCCAGUGGAUCAGCUGAGACCUCAGUUUUGAACCCAGGUCCAAGGCUGUCCAAUCAGUCUGUCCCUGCUGAUAUUAGUUGUGUCAACAGAAUGUCUUCCGCCUCUUCCAGGCCAUUCGGGAGUUGCAGCCUGGAUUUGUUUCUGGUUUCAGCCACGUGCUGUGUAAUCUGCAUGGGCAGAGACGGCAGAGGAGAUUGGCAGUUUCGCAAUUAACCUUUGACACGAACCUGCAGCUCUAGCCUCCGACUUGAAAUGGUUGUGUUGUAUAAAGUCACUCAAAGGACCUGAACCUGCGCCUGUUUACUAGAGAAAGAAGUCCCACAGGGUUCAGUGAAACCUGCUCCCAACUGAAAAGCAGAAAAGAGUAUUGUGGCACUUUGAAUCAGUCCCUGAAGAUCAAGAGUCAGCAUUAAAUCUCCUCCCAUCUCCACCAGUAUGGGGGUGGGAGGGAAACAGCUCUGUCUUGAUCUUCAGGUAUCGUUCAAGGGAGGAGAGGAAACACAUUUCCUGUCCUCCCCAUUGCAGCGCAGGGCUAGUAGGAAGGGGACUUCUGCCCCCAGCCGAGGGAUGUGAUGGAGAGGAAAGCCCCUGACAGUUUGCAAAGGUAUAUCACCUUCCUCUGGUGUGGUGCCAUGCUAGACAGUCUUGGCAUGCAGGAAAUGGGAAGUUGCAUUCCCGUAUUUUUCACUCUAUAAGACACACUUUUUCCCUCCUAAAAAGUAAGGGGAAAUGUGUGUGCGUCUUAUGGAGCGAAUGCAGGCUGCGCAGCUAUCGCUGAAGCCAGAACAGCAAGAGGGAUCGCUGCGCAGCGAUCCUUCUUCCUGUUCUGGCUUCUAGGAUUCAGAAUAUUUUUUCCCCUUGUUUUCAUCCUCCAAAAACUAGGUGCGUCUUAUGGUCUGGUGCAUCUUAUAGAGCGAAAAAUACGGUAAUUUGCGAUGCAGGAAGUGGUGUCUGAUUUUGGGAGAGGGCUGGCAGACCACUGGGAAUGGCUUCAUGGGUCACAGGUUUUUUUUACCACCCUUGUUUUAAAAGACUAGCAGAUUUUUAAAGUGUUCAUGGGCUAGAUCUCGCCGCAUGAGAUGCAUUAUCUUUGGCAGAGAGAAUGCGAGAGAUGUACACAGCGGGGGGAAAUGUAAACAAAGGGGCCUAAAGCCUGUGAAGUGUAAGCGUAAUAACAGUCUUAUGAAUAGGCUGCUGCUCUUAUCUUGCACACAUUUGAGUUUUGUGUAGAAAUGUCACCGAGCUAUUGUACAGCUUGCAUUCCAUGGUCUUUUACACUCACUGUUUACAAUCUCCCUCUUCUCUCUGUGUGUAUAUAUCUGCAGAUUGAGAAUGAUGUAGGCUCUGGUCCACGAAGCUUACACCAUGAAUAAAACUUUGCAUUUUUAAAGCGCCACGAGUUCCUCUUCUUAACAGCAGACUUAACAGUGUUCCCGCUCUGGAAUUUGUCUUCCUGCCUCCAAGCAUGGUCACAUCUACACAGUGGGCAGGAUUCACAAGGACUUUCCCGUGUGCAAUGGGGCUUUCUCCCAUCUCCUCCCUCUCUGUGCCCUUUGGAACCCCUGAAAUGGGCUUAGGGGUGGUCAGGAUUGCUCCAUCUGACAAGCUGCAAUGCUUGAGCAGAUGGAAAGUUUGUAAUAGCACAAUGUGGAAUUCCACCCCAUACGUUUAAAGUGCAGGGCUUCCCCCCAAUAAUUCUGGGGAUUGUAGCUUAUGCCUCACAGGGGUAUAAUUCCCAGCCUCCUUAGCAAACUACAAUUUCAAAGAUUCUUUGGAGGAAGCUGUGUGCUUCAAAUGUAUGUUGUGGAAUGUGACCUAAGUGUUCCCAAGAUUACAGCCCAAAUUUAGGAAACCUUGCAGCUUCAGAUUUCAGUUCAUACCUUCCGGGCACUCACAGCAGCCAAGAUUUUCUAAAGGCUGUUGCCAUUCAAUUAACGAUUUGAACACAUAAAAUAUGGGGUUCAUCAUCCCCAUAACUUAAGCUCCUUUUCUGUGCCGGUGAAAUGUCUUUGGGUUUCAUUGCUAAUUAAAACAAGAUGCACUAUUGCAAUAUUCCGUUGCCUUAAUUGAAACCUCCCUCUUGAAAACAUUAUGGCUUCAUGUUUGCAAAGUAAGCCAUUUUAUUCCCUUGAAGAGCCUGAUAUGCAACAUGUUUUCAUUAGUAUUUUGCAAGUUCAGAUUCCUUUGAAAAUUCGGAUUCCCAAAUUCUUACAUUGGACAAACUUCCAUAUAUGAAGUUGCAAAUAACCUGUAUUUUGAUCAGAACAGAUGCACACACAUUGUAUUUUAAGAGAUGUGUAUUGAUCUGCAUGUUAUGUGCCAUUUUUUAAAUUUUGUUGCAUGUAGAGUAACCUGCUUUGUGUUAGAAUGCCACAAGAUAUGUUUAUGGCCAUUAGCUUGGCAUAUUUAUUACAUUUAAAACAAAGUGCCUUAGUUUGUACAAGCAAAAUUGCAAAUAGACCCAGUUGUAGUCCACUUCCUUCUUAAAAGCUCAGUUUUCACCCAGACUUUCAGAUCUUUCCCCAGGAGUGUUGGCACCCACAACAGGUUCUUUGCCAUUUCUGCCACACCUUCCUCUGACCUUUCGAAUCCUCCAGUGAGGCAAUAAGUUGCCUGUUUCCAAAUCGGUAAGCAGGUGUCUGUGUCACAGACAUUUGAGGGGAAAGGUUGAUAACAAGGGAGAGGACAAGUCUAAAAAGGCAGCAGAAUUGGCAUACUUCUAGUUUCUCCAAAUAGACCAAAGGUCGCCAAAAGAAGGAAAGCAGCAAUACACAAGCAAUAAAGGACCUGAAUGUCCCUCUUUGGUUGAUGGCAGCAUCCUGAAGGUAGCACAUCAUCUGCAGGGGCCCACAUAGGCUAUCCCUGCUGCAAGUGCAGAAAUGCAUUUUAGGAUUUAUUCCUUUGUGUGUCGUGUAUAUCCUUUUAGGCUUACCACUGGUGUUUCAUGUGCGGGCUUGGGUGUGGGGGUUCCACAAUGAAUGUUGAUUCUCUACAGGUAGAGAUGCUUUCGUUCUCCCCAGGGCUGUUGCAGGAUGCGUUGAUUGAAGGCAUGCAUUUGUGACGGCUAUUCGCGAAAGGAUUUGAGUGCAGGGCAGAGCACCUGCCUACAUUCAGAGUCCUUAAACCUCAUAGGCAAGGAGGCUAAGCACAAUUCCAAUAGAAAUAGACCACUGUGGAGCACAGCUGCUUGAUUCCUUUGUCACGUUUGCAUAAGCCUCUAGCUUUGCACAACCAUAUGCAGAGCGAAGCUUUAGGAGUCAUGGGGCAAAAGGAGUAUGCCCAGAUAACAGCAAGGCAGAGCAUAUCGGUAACAUGCCCCACCGGGUGACUAAAGACAAUUUCUGUUCCAAAUUCAUACCUAAAUCCCACUUGGAAUGGAUAAAGGAAACCAUCUUCACCCAAGACCACCCGGAACUGACCAACAACCACUUUUUCAAGCACUUUGCCUCGGAAGGGGAUGUUUGCCACAGGCUUGCUGUUUUCAGAAGUGGCCUUGUUACAGCUUCCUUUAAAAGAGCUGGAACCUCUUCCUCUCUUAAGGAGGCAUUUUCUACCCAGCAGACAUCCUCUCCCUGCCUCACAGCAGCUCAUGCACAUUCAGCUGAGACGUAUUCAUCCCCAAACAACUGUUAGGUAAUGCCUUUAUUAGGACAGACUAAUGAAACUUUAUGAAUUGGUCCUAAUAAAGAUGUUGCCAUUCUGCUUCUGUUGAAUGUCCAUCCCUACCAACAUUGGUUCAGCACAGCUGAACCGCAGUCUUUGUUCAAUAUGAACUGUCUAUUGAGAUUCAACAUUUUUCAUGUGUCAAAAACCAGAGCAGAGGGUCAGUGUGUGGGGUUGUUGUUUUAUAAGUCUAGUGUUUUAGUGAUGCCUGAACCUGGGUCCAAAGAGCAUAAUUAUUUGGAAGGAGCACACUAUUUGGAAGGAGUGUGGGAUGAGGGAUUAUUUUUUAGCAUAAAACCGUCCCGUGUGCUAACAUUGAACUUGUGCAUUUUAGAUCUGCAGAUGUGGGAGUUAGUCAGCUGACACGGCCCGGGCAGCCCACCCUCACCCGCGUGCCCCCUCCCAUUGUGCCAAGGCCAUCUCAACAGACUGGGAGCACGGCCCUGAGCUCUUUCAGGCCUUCGUACAGCAGCCCCUUCAGCUCAGGCUACGGCACGUACGGGAACUCCUUCUACGGAAGCUACAGCCCUUACAGCUACGGAUAUGGCGGCAUGGGCUACAACCGGUUUCGGAUGGACGACGUUCCCGCCAGCCGGUUUGUGCAGCAGGCUGAGGAGAGCAGCCGCGGCGCGUUCCAGUCCAUCGAAAGCAUCGUGCACGCCUUCGCCUCGGUCAGCAUGAUGAUGGACGCUACCUUUUCGGCGGUCUACAACAGCUUCCGAGCCGUCUUGGAUGUAGCCAACCACUUCUCCCGGCUCAAGAUCCACUUCACCAAGGUGUUUUCGGCUUUUGCCUUGGUCAGAACUAUACGGUACCUUUACAGGCGGCUGCAGCGGUUGCUGGGUCUGAGAAAGAAUUCUGAAAACGAUGAUUUGUGGGCAGAAAGCGAAGGGACUGUGGCCUGUGCUGGCCCCGAGGAAAGGGCGGCCAACUCUGCAAAAUCCUGGCCCAUUUUCCUAUUCUUUGCCGUUGUUCUCGGGGGUCCCUACCUCAUUUGGAAGCUGCUGUCCACCUACACUGAGGACGAAACAGGUAAAGGAGUUGUUUGGGUUGUGGGGAUCCAAGCACUUUUACAAAUAUUUCCCGGUCUAUGCUGCUGGGCUGUGGGUAAAGCGAGCAAGUGGCAACACAGAAUCAGGUUUCAAUGAAUGACUAUGAAGGCAACCUGAAGGUGGUACCUCUGGUUGCAAACGGGAUCCGUUCCGGAGGUCUGGCCGUAUCCCGAAGUUUUCGCAACUGGAGAGACUGCUUCUGUGCAUGCGCGCACGGCGGUAGGCCGCUUCUGUGCAUGCGCGAGCGGCGAAACACUUCCGGGUUUGCCGCUUUCGCAACCCGAAGUUUAUGUUACCAGAGGGUAACGUAACCUGAGGUUCCACUGUAUAACAAUAUGGACUUCAAACCGGUUUUGGACGAUAUACAGUAUUGAUUUAUCCCUCGGCCCUAGUGUACAUGACAGUGUUACCAGCAAGUCCACAGUACAGUGGUACCUUGGGUUACAUACGCUUCAGGUUACAGACUCCGCUAACCCAGAAAUAGUACCUCAGGUUAAGAACUUAGCUUCAGGAUAAGAACAGAAAUCAUGCUCCGGCAGCGCAGCGGCAGCAGGAGGCCCCAUUAGCUAAAGUGGUGCUUCAGGUUAAGAACAGUUUCAGGUUAAGAACGGACCUCCAGAACUAAUUAAGUACUUAACCCGAGGUACCACUGUAGUUACUAGCAGCCUUCCAGAUGGGUCCACAAAAGUUAGUGGCUUGCCUGGCUACAGACCUUUGCGGCCCAGUAAAGAAUUUUCUCUCUUGCUGAUCUGUCUCUUCACCUGGGAUACUCCUUUGCCACAGGAGACCAGGCAAGCAGCAAGUUAAGAGCCAACCAAGUUUCAAACACCCCCUUCUGCCCUCUUCAGCCUGGAUUUUACCCUCCCCUCCCUUUUCUGCCUUAUCCAUAGGUCAGUGUUGUGUUUGCAGUGAGGCGAACCGGCAUUUGGCAACCUGCUUCAUGUCGGAAACCCUGGUUUAGCAUACAUUCACUUAAUUUUAAAACAUCUAAGCUGCUUCAUAUUUCAGCAUCUCUUUAAGCAGUGUUCAAAUAUACAGCAGGGGAAAAACGAAGCAGCAUAAGAAAAACAGAGAUACAACCUAACAACCAGUAUUAUAAAAGCAUGCUAAUAAUAAUAAUAAUAAUCAGGAAUUCAGUAAUAACAUGGUCUGAUCUUCAUGUUGUGUGGGAGAAGGGGAUUUUUUGUGUAAUUGUAGGUAGGAUUAAGGGACGCGGGUGGCGCUGUGGGUUAAAGCCUCAGCGCCUAGGACUUGCCAAUCGAAAGGUCGGCGGUUUGAAUCCCCAUGGCGGGGUGCGCUCCCGUCACGCGGUCCCAGCGCCUGCCAACCUAGCAGUUCGAAAGCACCUUCGGGUGCAAGUAGAUAAAUAGGGACCGCUUACCAGCGGGAAGGUAAACAGCGUUCCGUGUGCUGCGUUGGCUCGCCAGAAGCAGCUUGCCACGCUGGCCACGUGACCCGGAAGUGUCUGAGGACAGCGCUGGCUCCCGGCCUAUAGAGUGAGAUGAGCGCACAACCCUAGAGUCUGUCAAGACUGGCCCGUACGGGCAGGGGUGCCUUUACCUUUAGGUAGGAUUAAUAAUGGUUAAUGUGGGAGGCAGAUGGGGAAAAUGAUAGCAAGCUGAGGUUCUGAAGGCGUCUGACACAUAUAUUACUGCAGAGCUCUACAGCCUUGGACAGUAGCCAAAAGGGAAGUGAAAUAACAAUAAAAUAAAGAGAAAUAGGGCCUUUUGCUGCAAACCAAAUGGCAGGCACGUUAAGUGUUAAGCUCGUCUUUUACCUGGUGCUUAGAUGCUCUUUACACCCCACCCCAAGGGUAGAAUUGAUUUGUCUCAGAACAGGAAUGCACUAUAACAUGACAGGCCUCUCUGGUUUUCUGCAGUGAGUGUGAGUUAACCAUAUGCUCUUACCACCACCCUGAAACAAAAGCUCUGCCCCUUCCAACCAGCCAUGCAAACAGUGUUCAUCAACAAAUAUUCUCCAUCAACAAUCCUGCCUAUUGCAAACACUAACUGCAAUUUAUUUUAAAAGCAACACUUUAUUUAGGCUUUGUAUUCUUGCUUGCUUUUGUGUUUGUCUUGUUUAAAGUUUGAAAUAAGCUGUCUACAGCCAGCAAUAUGCUUGAGUUGAUAGAAACCAAAAACAUUUGAUGUCACCCUCUCUUAAUACCCAUGGCAUUUCUCGUAAUUUAGGAAGGCACCGUUUUCAACCUGAUCUCAUAACAGGAGAUGUCAUUGCAUUGCACUUUGCUCAGCGAUGGCAAAGACUGGACUGGGAAUUUGUAGUUCAGCUGUCAGCUACUUUCAUGGCUGAACAGAGAAUCUAACCUCAGGUCUCGCAUGUCCCACUCUGUUCCAAGGCCACAGCGCUAUGCUUGGUAUUAUAUGCGGGUCCUGCCAAGAGAUUCUAAAGGAGGGUGAGAAGAGCAGGUUUAGAUACUGUGCUUCCCUAAUUUCAGCUUCGAGGUGGGAGGUAGGAACAAAUCUUGCUUUUAUGUACCAGUAUAAUGAAAAGGGAAUUUAGAACACGUUCCAAUACCUAGUGAAUGUUCAGUGUUCACCCUGGAAUUUGAAAUGCUUUGCUGGAAAAAGGCUUUGAAGGCGUAAAACACUUAAGUAUAACACAUACGUAUCAUGGGCUGACUUGAACCGAUCAAGUUAAGCACUUUAAUUUGUGUGCACCCUGGCCUUCUGCUAAGGGGUUCAGUCAGGUUUGGAAAUCACUUCUUGGUUGGUUGCCUCUGGCAAAUUGAGAUUGUCUCCAAACAACCACUUACAAAAAAUUCUCUCUUUCUUUGUAGCUCACAAAUGACAUACAUCAGUUGUGUGUGUACAUUUGAGCUUUCCUGUUAGCUUUUGAACUUAUUUAUGAGUCUGAGAGGUUUCAGCCUUGGCACAACAACUAAGGGACUUGAAUUAGGGCAGCCUGAAAGUUGAUAGCUUGGCUCAUGAGCUGUGUAGCAGAGUACGGAAUUGAACUGGGUUUCCUGUACCCCUUGCACCAUACUGACUCUCAAAGAUUGUUUUCUAAGAGACUGUACUGAUCCAGCAGAGUUAUGUUGACUUAUUUAUCCCUUGUUCUGUGGAACAGUUUCCAGCAAUUGGGCAAGUGGAGAGGACGAUCAUGUUGUUGGGAGAGCAGAAUAUGAUUUCAAUGCUGUUUCAGAAGAAGAAAUAUCUUUCCGUGCUGGUGAAAUGCUAAAAUUGGCACCCAAAGGUAAGAUGGUUUUGAUUCAUUGUGAUUUCCCACCCCCAGAUAUGCCAGUGCAGUAUCUAGGAAAACAGAAGAACAUUUACGCUCUUGACGUAACUGUAUGUUAAGGGACAGUUUGAGAACUUUAGGGGCAAUUUGUUUGUCUAACAGGAAGCAGUGGCAUUUCUUGCAGAUGGUUACUUGUUCCAUAGAAAUACCUACAUCUGCAGUCUUUAGAUUUGUUGUAUAACUUGUGUCAAUGUACUCAAACUAGAGGUAUGCAACUAGAGUUGACUGGUUUAAUAUAUUGUAUGAAGUUUCUGAAAGCUAGGCUUCACUGUUUCUGUUAAUGACAUUUGCUAGUUCUUUUUGAAAUCUUGACAUUUCAGAGUCAUUGAUUUGGUCAUUGAACUGUUUUAUUAAUCAUUACGUCUCAAGUGUGCUCUUCAGAUUGGUUUUCACUCAAGUCUCAAGGUUUGAGAAGGUCACACAAAAUCUAAACGAACUGGUCUUUGCAGAAUUCUCCAAAUACUUUCAACAACUCAGUUAUCUGUUCAUGGGCUCCUCUGCUAACCACUCACGUCUGUCUUUCUUUUUCUUGCCAGAACGACAACCCAAAAUACGUGGCUGGCUCUUGGCCAGCCGUGAUGGCCAGACUACAGGACUUGUUCCAGCUAAUUAUGUCCGAAUACUCGGCAAAAGGAAAGGAAAGCGAGCCGUAGAGCUGGAGAAGGUUACUGAGCAUGAGCCGGCACUCAGCAACGCCACUUUGAUCCCAGGAGCCACAGCUUCCGACACCCUGGAAGAGCAAGAAGCUGCCUUUGAGUCUGUUUUUGUAGAAAGUAAUAAAGUCCCUGUCACAUCCAGCUCUGCUGUGCUUGGUGGAGACAAACAGGACCUUUGAUGCAUUUAUCAGAGUAAGCCUGUGGUGGUCACAGUAAUUCUGUAGGGUAGGCAUUCAGUAGUGAUGUAGCGGAACACUGUUGUUGACGGUAUCCAGGUACUUGCUGUUCACACCUGGUAGAGUCAUUGGGAGGGAUGUUUUCAGUCUAAGCCUGUGCUUGGUUCUUUUGGCAUUGAACAGUUGUGUUAAGCAGGCUAGCAUCCAUUUCAUUAUCUCAGGCGCGGGUGAGUUUUGGAGUGCAGGAGACUUGGCACCUUGUCCUGUUCAACGGAAGGAGCUGGGCUGAGAGGUUCCUCAGGCAGCUAUCUGCUUUGAAGUCCUCCUCAAGGACUGAAUACAGCGUCAUUGUGGCCGGUUCCAAGAAAGAACAUGUUUUAACCAAGUCUUCAUGCGUAGUGCAAGAUUGGUUUUCUUUCCCUCCUUACACCCAGUUUUUGUGAGAUGAAGAAUCUCUGGCUCAUGGGGAUAUCAGGAAACCUUUUGGGGGGAGGUGAAUUAAUAUUUCCAUAAGUUAGUAGUUCCGUAUGGAAGGCACUUUAGAACUGACAGCAAGCCUAGUUAAUUGUAGUUCCAAGAUGUGAGGCGACAUGUGCUUGGUCCUCUUUUCAUAGAUAAGCUUUCUACUCUGAGCUUUGAAAGUGGCUCCUUUGUGCUGCCUUAGACCCCUGUGCUUGAAGCUUCAUUCAUUCUUCAUGUCAUUCUUUGCCCGGACUAGUAGGCGAUUGCUCUUUAACUAGAAAUACUGCAUUACUUUUUCUUCCAGUUCAGGUUUGCGACAUCUGUGGCUCUGCUUUUUUCCUGUCAACUGCAAGCUGAUCUAUCAAGAAUACCUCAUUGAGGCUCAAACUGCACGUGACAGCAGAUCUGUAUGUUUUAAAUCCAAAUCUGCCACUAUUACAUGCAGUCUCAGCUUCAGUGUUUAGUAAAUGUAAUAUAUAAAUCUGAUCUUCUCAUCCCUUACAAUUGCAGGUAUGAGCUGAUAGUCAUCCUUUGACAUCGCUCUACUAAGGAUGCUAAACUUUGCUCCUAUAAAGGUUGAGGUGUUACUUUACAAAGCUGGACUGACAUGAAAAUGAAACUUGUUUUCUGAAAUCAUGUUUGCUACUGUAUUGAUGCCACACUAUUCUGAAUAGUGAGAUAAAAAUCCAGGUUGAUUCUGGGAAGAUGUGAUAAUUGAUAAAACUAAUUUCAUGCUGCAGUUUCUUAAAGUGGUAAACCAGAGCUCUACAAUUUAUGUAGCAGCUAUGAACUUCCAGUGUGACACAACUCAUAUUCAUCUUUGUAGACUGUUUUAAAAUAAAAUACUGAGUCUGACACAAGUGCAUCUUGGAUUCUGUCAAUCUUAAAUCACAAUCCUUCUAUGGAGUACCUGAAGCCAUUAACUCACAUGGUCCUCUGGUAACCAUGUGAUGUUAUAGCUGCUCUGGGUUAGGGAAAAUCAGGAUGAGAUUUCUGGAUGGACCAACUGCAUUUUUGUUAUUUUACUUUAAUUUAAAAAGAAAAAAAAACCUUACAUCCUGCCAGUUUUCAAAAAGGAAUCCAAGGUGGCUUACAGCCACAAAAACAACAAGCAAUAUAAAAAUGAAAACCACAAGAUACAUUAAAUUGCCAUCAUCAUAAAACAGCAAUUAGCACAGGAAGCAAAAAAUCCCUGUAUGUAACAACCCAUAAACAAGAUUAGGUAAAUAGAGACACCACUUGUGCACCCCAUACAAGACAGAUUACACAACAUAGAAAUCCAAGGGCACUUCAGAUUCUUCUCUGGUUGAGUGCAAAUACGGCAUCUCUCAAGAUCCUGCCUCAUAGCUCCUAGGAGUGGCCAUCCUGGGAAAUAAGCCUUGGAAGAAGCAGACACACCUGACCCAAGUUGCUCGCAUGACUAUGGACUGAUCUCUUUCGAUUUGCAGUCUCUCUGCACAGAAAAAGAAGGGAAAAAAUGGGGCGGCUGAAAUGUACUAGGAAAGUUAUCUUCACAUGUAAAACUUCAAGAUUUUAACUAAAUAUUUGCUUCCCUCCCCUCCCCUCAAAAAACCCCAAGCCUAUUGAAAAAUAAAAGUGGCUAGGGUUGGUAGUGGGAAAAUGUUCCACAUUUUCAUUAGACUUACACUUUGUGAGAUCUAAAUGUUACAGAUUAUUUUUUUCAGAUGAUACUGUAGUAAAAUCAGCAGGUUGAAAAGUGUUUUGCUUAAAAAGGAUUCAUUAUUGAUUUACUAAAUUUCCAGACAGGUCCUAAAUGUAUUCACUUAGAAGGAGGUCCUACUGAAUUUGAUGGGGCUUGUCCUAGGACAGGGGUGUCAAACUCAAAUUCAUCGGGGGCCGCAUCAGCAGUUUGGUCACCCUCAAAGGGCCGGUUGUAUAUUUAUGUUUGUGUACAAAAAAACACACACACCCCACACUCUUCCCCACCGGGCGACCCACCGCUCACCUUAGCUGCCAUUGAAAACAACGCCGCCGCAAGCGCCCUGUCACGUCAUCACCACGCGCCGCCGGCCACGCUCGCGUCCUUCCCCCCCCCCACCACAGAGCGGAGGCUUCCGCUGGCCUAGAGCGGACCGGAAGGGCAGGCGGGGCGGGGGCGUCGCCAUGGCGGCCGAGGGCCGAGCCGGCCAGCCGGCAGCGCUGACAGGGACCGAGAUGCAUGCGCUGAAGAGGCGGGAAUAAAAAAAAAAGCGAGAAUAAAAGGUGAAGGCUGGCGGCGUCUACACGGGCCACAUGAUGAGGUCUGGCGGGCUGGAUUCGGCCCGCGGGCCUUGUGUUUGACACCCGUGUCCUAGGAAGUACCCUUGGAUUGCAGUCUUUACUUUAUACUUGCUUGAACUAUACUUAACAAACUGUCAUAUCUAUGCCUAUUGAACUUCAGUAGAUAAGUAUGUAUAGCGGACCUUGACUCUGACACUUUGACUCUGCUUGUUUUAUUGGCGCCAGAAUGAAAAUUGAUGUAAACAACCUACUGUAGAUAUACUAAAGGUUUUAUCAUGCGGUUGGAUUAACCUUGAUGAAUCUAUUAAAUGCCGUUGAAACUUGAUUGCAGCACUGAUUUUUUUUUAAUUCACACUGAAAUCACAAUACAAUUGAGUGAAACUGGGGCUAUGGGAACAUUUCAGGUAGAAAAGUGGCUUUUGAUGUUUCCCUUCUGCUCUGUAAUCUUAUAAAUUGAGGAAAUGACUGUAUGGGUGGGUGGGCUUCUUGGGGGGAUUUUAUUUUAAUCACACCUGUGGAACAGAUAAGGGAAUGUGUCCUGUUGUGUGUGGGGCAUCAGAAUGCAGCUAUAUUGAGAAAUAGCAGGAAAGGUGUACAAAGGUGAUGGUGGUUUUGGAGUCGCAGAGUACAAAGGCCACUUAAGAUUAAGCUGCUCUCGACUCUGAAGUUAAUAAUGCAACUUGAGGGAAUCACAAAAUGCUGUUUUAUACAUGCUUAAUAAAACACAAAUUCC